AUGGACCCACCGUCGCCCCACCAGGCCUCCCAAACCCAGCUCACAGCCCCCACCCCACUGAGCUCCUACUGCUGGCACACAGGGAGUAGCGGUGAGAAGGGGGCUGGAGGGUUCCGCUGGGGCCGCCUCACAGGCUGGGGAAGGGCGCUGAGCCACCCGGAGACCACAGUCAGCAGCCAGCCAGCACCUCGCUCGCUGUUCCGUCGUGUCCUCUCUGCGCCCCCCAAAGAGCCACGGACCAGCCGCCUGCGGCUAUCCAAGACCCUCUGGGGGAAGCAUAAGAGCCCACCCCUGGAGCCGGAGCAUGAGCCCAAGCCCGAGCCCGAGCCGGAGGCCCCAGAGCCAAAGCUGGAGCCAGAACCAGAGCCUCCUGCCCCACAGAUCCCCAAGGCCCCUGCACCUGAUGUGCUUCUCUGGGACAUCGGGGGCUUCACACUGCUUGAUGGAAGACUGGUGCUACUUGGGGGUGAGGAGGAGGGUAUCCGACGGCCCCGGGUGGGGAGUGGAAGCUCUGAGACCAGCAUCCAAGUAGCCAUGGGGAACCUCAGGGAUCCAGAUCGGACACCUGGAAGGACUGAACCAGAGGCUGCUGGUCCCAACCAGGUUCACAAUGUUCGGGGAUUACUCAAAAGGCUGAAAGAGAAGAAAAAGGCCAGGUCAGAACUGGGAGCCAAUACUCCUCGGGAUGGGUCCCCCAAUGCUCUGGGCUCGCGGGAAUCGCUGGCCACACUCUCAGAGCUAGACCUGGGUGCCGAGCAGGACGUGAGGGUCUGGCCGCUGCACCCCAGCCUGCUGGGGGAACCCCACUGCUUCCAGGUAACGUGGGCAGGAGGGAGCCGCUGCUUCUCUUGCCGCUCAGCCGCUGAGAGGGACCGCUGGAUCGAGGACCUUCGUCGCCAGUUCCAGCCCAGCCAGGAUAACGUGGAGCGGGAGGAGACGUGGCUGAGCGUGUGGGUACACGAAGCGAAAGGGCUUCCGCGGGCAGCGACUGGUGUGCGUGCAGAGCUCUGGCUUGACGGCGCACUGCUGGCGCGAACGGCGCCACGGACUGGCCCAGGCCCGCUCUUCUGGGCCGAGCGCUUCCACUUCACCGCUCUACCGGCCGGCCUGGAACGCUGGUUCCCGCUGCAGGGGGCGCCGGCGGGCGCGGCGCUGCGGGCAAGGGCCAGGGCGCGGCGGUUGCGCGUGCUGCCGUCCGAGCGCUACAAGGAGCUGGCGGAGUUCCUCACCUUCCACUACGCGCGCCUCUGCGAGGCGCUGGAGCCCGUGCUGUCCGCGCAGGCCAAGGAGGAGCUAGCGGCCGCCAUGGUGCGAGUGCUGCGAGCCACCGGCAGGGCGCAGGCACUGGUGACAGACCUGGGCACAGCAGAGCUGGCGCGCUGCGGAGGCCGUGAGGCGCUGCUGUUCCGAGAAAACACGCUGGCCACCAAGGCCAUCGAUGAGUACAUGAAGCUGGUGGCGCAGGAUUACCUCCAGGAGACCCUGGGGCAGGUCGUCCGGCGUUUCUGUGCCUCCACUGAGGACUGUGAGGUGGACCCCAGCAAGUGCCCAGCCCCUGAGCUGCAAGUGCACCAGUCCAGGCUGCGAGAAGGCUGUGAGGAGGUCUUCGAGAACAUUGUCCACUCCUAUGACUGGUUUCCUGCAGAGCUCAGCAUGGUGUUCUCAGGCUGGCGGGAAGCAUGCAAGGCACAUGGCUCAGAGGCACUGGGCCCACGGCUGGUGUGUGCCUCCCUCUUCCUGCGACUCCUGUGCCCUGCCAUCCUUUCUCCUAGCCUCUUUGGCCUGGCCUCAGAGCAUCCAGCACCAGGCCCAGCCCGCACCCUCACACUGAUUGCCAAGGUCAUCCAGAAUCUUGCCAACCGUGCCCCGUUUGGUGAAAAGGAGGCCUACAUGGGCUUCAUGAAUAGCUUCCUGGAAGACCGAGGCCCAGCCAUGGAACAUUUUCUGGACCAGGUGGCCACAGUAGAUGUGGAUGCAGCACCCAGUGGUUACCAAGGUGGCAGUGAUUUGGCCCACCAGCUGGCAGUCCUGCAUGCCCAGCUCUGCACCAUUUUUGCUGAGCUUGACCAGGCCACUCGGGACAGCCUGGAACCUCUGCCCACCAUCCUUCGAGCCAUCAAGGAGGGCCGACCUGUGCCUGUGUCAGUGCCAAUGCGUCUCCCACCGCCCCCAGUCCAGGUCCACACCAGCUUCUCCGCAGGGAAGAAGCCUGGCUUCCUGGCACCCCGGGACCUCCCCAAACAUACCCCUCUCAUCUCCAAGAGCCAGUCCCUGCGCAACGACCACGGGGCGGGGUGUUGGGCACGGCCGAUGCCGAAUGAGGAGCAGCCUCCGCGGCGGCCACGACCAGUGCAGCGCACGCAGAGCGUCCCUGCCCGCCAUCCGGUCCGCCGCCACUCAGCCACAGGGCUCCGGCCGCGGCCCAAGGGAUCCCUGCGCACGGGACCCACGCCCCGCGGCAGGCCCUGGACCCGGGUCUCUGCCUCCCUGCCUCGAAAGCCCUCCGUGCCCUGGCAGCGCCAGCUGGAUCAGCCACGAGACGGGGACCAGGCGCUGGGCACGCAUCGACCUUUGGGCAAGCUGGCUGAGCUGCAGAGCGAGGUGGCCGCCGUGCGCGAGAAGCAGAAGGAGCUGUCCACCCUCGUAGAGGCGCUGGGCUCCCACGUCCGGGCCUUGGCUGAGCAGCAGGAGCAUCUCCGGGGCCAGCUGCAGGACCUGGAGGCCAGGCUCAGUACAGGGACCUCAAAAUUGGAAAUAGAGCAGGAGCCUCCAAGCACUGAAGGCCACAGGCUGAAGAGUCUGGAGUGCCGCCUGGCUGAGAUGGAGGCUACUCAGGCCCAGCUGAGGGAUGCCAUCCAGAGCUUGCAGCUUCUGCCCAGAACUCUGGGGACCCGGAACCAGCCCCUGCCUCUCAAAGCACGCUGCGCCAAUGGAGACACCACCUGA